GGAGCGGAUCACUUCGGAGACGAGAGAGAGGCGCUCGGCCGAAGCCAACGGAACCAGUGCUGCAACAUGUCGGAGCCAAAAUACCGAGAAUGGAUCCUGGAAACCAUCGAUUCCCUGCGCUCGAGAAAAGCCCGACCGGACCUGGAAAGAAUCUGCCGAAUGGUCCGAAGAAGACACGGGUCAGACCCGGACAAAACCAGGGCUGAACUAGAAAAACUGAUCCAAGAGCAAACUGUGCUGAAAGUUAGCUACAAGGGGUCCAUUUCCUACAGGAACGCUGCUAAAGUGCAAAGGAAAUGCAGAAAGAGAACGGAGCAAGCCGGUGAGCACGGCAAACACGCCAGUUGCAAUAACAACGGCGACAGCGCGCUCAGCCUCACGGACCAAGAAGAGUGCGAGGAUAAGGAGCCAGAGGCACGCGGGGCGAGCCCGUGUCCUGACCCCCUGCCUCAAACCUCGCCCUCCACUCUUGAAAAGGAAGAGCGGAUUUUACCACUACCUAGCGGAAACAGUUUUGUUAGUUGUGGCGCAACGGGCCACUCCGCCGGGAGCGUGAAAGCAAGUGCAUCGAAAGACAAGAGCUUAGUCGCUGAGGCGGGGGCAAGCGGCUCCUCUGCCCACCGCGAUGCUGCUUCAAGAGCAAACAGACGGGCUGAAGGAGACGUGACGCUCGGCCACGAGGGCAGCGAUGAUGAUGGUGAUGAGAAAGAAGAGAAAACUUGCUCAAGCGCCAGCAGUCCGCCUCCGAGAAACAAGCCCCCCGCGUCCGCCAAACCCAAACUCAAGGUGGGGGCAAAGGGCACCGGGGCGCGUUGCUCGGACUCUCCGGAUGAGAGCAGCGCUGAUCUGGGCGACAGGCUGGUUGCUGCGGUCCGAAGUCUGUACGAGAGACACCGGGGCUCCGCCGCAACACGGGGCCACGCGCCGCCGGGGCUCAAAGAGAUCCUCGGCUACCUCAGCACGCAGCGAGGGAUGCCCGGGUUGAAGCUGACCCGCAACCGCGUUAAAGUGGUGCUGGAGCGCGAGAUCGAGAGGGGUCGUCUCCGCAGGACCCGCCUCGGCCACAUCACUCCUGCCGCGCGGGGGAUGGGGGCGGCCAAGCCGUCCGCGCGUCUCCUGAAGAGCGCACUGCAGGACAGACAUCUCGCGAAAAUGGAGGAGGUGAAUGAAGAAGAAAGGAUGGAGGUGGAGAGUGAGGAGCAUGGCACAGAGGAAAACACAGUGGGCUCAGCGGAGGAUGUUCCCAACACCAUCACUGAUGGAGGUCCUGCAGGUGUCAAAGCUUGCACUGACAUGACCUCACCUGACACCGAGGUCCAGAAUGAUAAUGGCACUGACUCACCACGGACCUCUGAGGGGAAAUCCCAGUCAUCUUCAUCGCUGGAGACCUCAAACCAGAGCUCCUUACAGCAGGAAGUAGACGUGGGAGGAAGUGAAGAGCAGACAAUGUCUGUGGAGCCUGAGGAUGCUGUAGCUGAGAAAAACGCAGAUGCUCCUGAUCAGCUACAUCCCGGCAUUGAGGAUCAGGUGAUUGUGAUGCCAGAGACCGUAAAGGCUCCAUCGUCAAUACCUAUAAGAAACUGUUCAGGCUGUAAGCUGGAAGUGGGAGUGUCGUCAUGUCUGCUGACCCCCUCUGCCUCACCAGGAGCGGCUGAAGAGCGAGGGAUGAAUGAAGGAAUAGGUGGCUUUGUGAAGUUGGAGACGGGUGGCAUGAGCCCGGUGGACUGGACUGUAGCAGACGUGGCCAGCUACUUCACCGCGGCUGGAUUUCCAGAGCAGGCGCUCGCUUUCAGGACACAGGAGAUCGACGGGAAGUCCCUCCUUCUGAUGCAAAGGAAUGAUGUGCUGACAGGCCUGUCAAUCAGACUUGGUCCCGCCCUAAAGAUCUAUGAAAGACACGUGAAGGUUCUGCAGAGGACCCAUUUCCAAGAUGACGAAGCUUUCUGCUGAUACACACACACACACACGCAUAUAUAUUAGCUAUUGGACAUGACAAAGUAACUCGCAUGUACAUAUACCAAACAAUAUUUACUCAUCCCAGAACACGCAUAUUCCUGAAGACAUUCAGUAUGACUGUUCAGGACUUCCUGAACAGAAACAGUUCUUGUUUUCCUCACACACAAUGUAUAUAUAUAUUUUUUAAUCAGUAAUCCCGCAGCUAUUGGAAAGAACUUUGGCCUGAAAACACAUGAGUAAAACGAACCGAACUAAGUAGAAGAAUGGAGUAAGUUUGGGAAGACUGAAAAGAGAAAAAAUAUCUUAUUUUUUUUUAAGAAGUGUCAACCAUUUUUUGAAAUGACUGUGCAGUUCUGUGCAGUUAAUGCUGCUCUGAUGGAUACCACUGUUUGGAUUGUGACCCCGAAUUAAUUUCAUCAAGUGGAUUUUUUGUUUAGUACUUAUUCAGUCCAGUAUGGGAGCAGAACAUCAUUUUUUUGUGACCUCACUGGUUUCAAGAUUGCUAUUGAAACCAAACAAAGGCUGGAGGGUUUCCACUGCGCACAGAACGUUUUGUUAAAAAUUUUCCUCCAAAUGUAAAAAAAAAAAAAAAAAAAGGGCCAAAAACCGUCUGGUUACAGUUUGAAAGAAGUACAUUCUGAUUGGAUUUUUGUUCUUGACUUUUUAACACUUUUGCAAUGACACUGAAACCCUUGUCUUCACUCAGUGAUAGACUAAAUGAUUUCUUCCUGACAUAUUGAAAUGAUCUUGAAUGUCUAAUAUUCCUUCCAGUUUUCUUGUCUCUUGCACCGUUACGUCAGAGAAAAAAAACAAACUAUGCAGAUCUUCUGCACACAAUCAAGUGGGCACAUCUCACAGAGGAUCUCCCUUUAAAGUGACUUUGACUCCUUUAAUCUCAGAUUUGCCAGCCAUGACAUUGUGGCCCCACAUGUGGAACAUCGCCAUUGAUAACUGAGCAUAACUUUUGUAAAUAUCAAUCAGUUUUUUUAAGGUGAAGUCCAAGUUGCGAAGCAAUGACGAUAUUCCUUCACCAGCAGUUGAAGAAUGUGUCUGAAUGUCCUCAAAUGCACAGAGAGCCCCGAAGCCAUGCAGCUCUUGAACUUUACCGUUUGUAAAAUAUAUAUGUAUCAGCCCAUCAGAUGAAUAUUGUGGGAACUGAACAAUUUGUGUAAAACAAUCAAAUAAUGUAAGGGUCCAUUUAACUAAUUACAAGAAAUGACUUGGGGAUGUGGGAAUUGGACACAUUGAAUUGCUAACAUAUUUGUUAACCUGCCCUUUAGCUCCAGUGUCUUUUGCGUCGUUAAACUGAUCGCAUAUACAGAUGGACCCAUCACACUUGUAAAUGGGACCGUUACCGAUUCUGUCACUAAAGGCAGGUUCAUUUGCAUUGUAAAGAAACCAAUAGGUCAGUCUGAUUUCAGAUUAUAGACACCUUUGUUUUGCCUGACAAUUGUAGAACGUUGAAUUCUUCAAACUGUCCUGAUUUAUUUAUUUCUUUGUAUGUUUGUUUAUAAAAUAUUAUCUUAAUUUGUAUGACGUUGACUAAAUCUAAAGUAAAAGCUGGAGCUCAUUGAAAUGUUGAUAAUGCCUGCAGUUUCUCUGUUUAUGCCUUCCAUGAUGAACCUCUUUUUACUUUGACUUAUUAAUGAAGUGGAAUAUCAAC